UUUUGGAAUGGGAGGCGCUGCUUUUUCUGAAGGGGCUCCACUGGGGUCCUCAGAAGUGGAAGUCCCAGGCAGAGGGAGACAGGGAGGUGACAGCCUUGGCCAAAGCAGAUAACUUCACAGAAGUAGCCACAUCUGGUCAUCCCAUGGAGGAGAUCCAGUAUCUGCUAGGAGUCCAGGCCAGUUGAUUCCAUCGCCCUUCUCCUGCCCACGCUCUUGCUAGCUAUCCCCAACACAAGUUACGAUGCCUCACAACCAGAAACAUCAGCACUACCAGUCUCAGGAUGAAAGAGAGGCACAGGCCCUGGUGGCUGGCCAGGUUCCUGCAACUGAGGAGGUAGAUACCACAGCUGUGUCCUCCUCUAGUCUGAUGCCAGGCACCCCAGACAACGCGCCUCCUGCUGCUACCAAAACACCAAGGCUUUCUGAGAGUCUUCAGAAACCGUGCUCUUCCUCCACUGCCAUCAAAGCUACUCCAUCAAGCAAAUCAAAUAAAAGUUCCAGCAGCCAAAAAGGGAAGGAUCAGAGCACCUCACAGGCUCAUUCAUACCCUGAGUUCUUGCUCACUAAUAUUCUAGAGAAGAAGGUGAUUGAGCUAGUGAAGUUCCUGAGUGUCAAGUAUACAACUAAAGAGCUUGUUACUGAGGCAGACAUGCUGAAGAGUGUCAUCAAAGAGCACAAAGACGACUUGCCUGAGAUCUUCAGGAAUGCCUGUGAAUGGAUGAGGGUGAUCUUUGGCAUUGAUGUGAAGAAAGUGGACCCCAUUAGCCACUCUUACAUGCUGGUCAAAGCACUCGACCUCACCUAUGACGGAAGGCUGAGUAAUGACCAGGGCAUACCCAAGACUGGCCUGCUGAUACUUGUCCUGGGUAUGAUCUUUAUGGAGGGCAACUGCGCCCCUGAGGAAAAGAUCUGGGAGAUGUUUCAAAAGAUCGGGGUGUAUCCUGACAAGAAGGAUUUCAUCUAUGGGGAUCCCAGGAAGCUCCUCACUAAAGAAUUGGUGCAGGAACAGUACCUGGAGUACCAGCAGAUACCCAACAGUGAUCCUGCUCGCUAUGAGUUCCUGUGGGGUCCAAGAGCCCAUGCUGAAACCACCAAAAUGAAAAUCCUGGAGUUCUUCUCCAAGGCCAUUGGCAGUAGCCCCACUGCCUUCCCGUCCUUAUAUAGGGAAGCUUUGAGAGAUGAAGAGGAGAAAGCCCAGCUUGUCACUGCUACUAGGGAUGGUACUACUGCCACGGUCAGUACACAGGCCAGCACCAAGCACAGCAGCUUCUGCCCUCAGUAAACUCUGAGCCAGAUUACUUACUGUGUGUUGGAAAAGGGCAGUCAAGGUUAUUAGAAGUGAGAAAAUUUCAGGUUAUUUUUUUCUUUUUGGUAUUUAAAAAAUUCCUCUUACAAGGUUUAUUAUUUUCAGAAUUUAGAGUCAUUUGUUACAUUGGUUGUACAUUUAUUGCUGUUUUUCAGGUUUAAGAAUAAGAGUGUUGCUGCUUUGAAAAGUAAAUAGAGAAAGCUCUUGUCUUAUUUUGUGAUCUAGAGCAAGAUAACAUGGCACUGGAACAGAAAUUUCCUUAGAAAUGUUAAAGAGCCCAGUAAUAGAUGAGUUCGAUAAAUGCAGGAAAAAUGUAAAAAUUGAUACAUCCUAGGAUUUCUGUAUCCCUUUUAGUCUGCCAUUUUGUAAAAUUAAAGAUA